CUUCACAGCUUUCCUCGCGCUUCACAGCUUCCCCGGGAAACUCGACGUAUUGUAGCCUCAGGCGGACAAAAUAGUACUGGAGGAAGAAGUUCGCUUCUGCUGCAGUGUUCGUGAUCAAAUAUAACGCGUUGCGGCGGUGCUUCGUAAUAUAGGACUGCUCAGGUACUUCGUUCAACCGUCAAGGGAGUGGUGUAGAAUCAACAGCCAGUGUAUAGCGCUCUAGUGACAGACGGGGGACUCGACUUCAAACUGUUACUGUUUUCCCGGGACUCGAAUCUAUUCAGGGUUACCAAUUGAGUAACGGUAACUCGCUCUUGAACCGAGAGACCAACGGUAUCUAAUUUAUAUCUUAUGGAGUUCAGGCGAGGAGCAACCCACUAACCAUGCUGCACUCAUAAGCUUUUGGUGCCGUCUUUGUUUGCAGAGGAAAGUCUGCCGCUCACUUUCCUUUUUCCAGCGGAGGCGAGAUUCGUAUUUUAUUUAUUUUUUUGGCAGCCUUUCUUCUGCCUCUCUCUUUCCUUUCCCCCGACCGGCUCGCUCCCGUCGCCAACCAACUGACUGGAAGAAAUAAGCAUCUUUGUUUUUACGGAGUAUAUACUUGCCUGCUCGAUCAGCACCAUGAAUUCGGAUAUAAAUGUGUACCUCGGCCGGGAUAAAACGGGCAUCAUGCGGAAGAGAGCCCUGCUUCUCCGGAAAGGGUGUAGUUUUGAGAUUAGUUCGAGCUCUGCCUCGGAGGACUUGGGCUGCAGGCGUGGAGACUUCAGCCGAAAACACUAUGGCUCUGUCGAGCUGCUGAUCUCCAGUGAUGCAGAUGGAGCCAUACAGAGAGCGGGCCGCUUUCGAGUGGAGAAUGGCUCAUCAGAUGAGCCAAUGGACUACACCCCGGGAAUCUGGAGAAGAACCGAUGUCCAUUUGGAGAACCCAGAAUACCACACCAGAUGGUUCUUCAAAUACUUCCUGGGAAAAGUCCACCAGAAUUAUAUUGGUACGGAUGCAGAGAAGAACCCCUUCUACCUGUCUGUGGUUCUGUCUGACCAGAACAACCAACGGGUCCCUCAGUAUAGAGCCAUCCUCUGGAGGAAGACAGGAACUCUGAAGAUCAGUCUGCCAUACAGCCCCACUAAAACACUAUCAGUCAAGUCCAUCUUAAGUGCGAUGAACCUGAACAGGUUUGAGAAGGGCCCAAGGGAGAUUCUCAACCCAGAGAUACAGAAGGACCUACUGGUGUUGGAGGAGCAAGAGGGUUCUGUUAACUUCAAGUUCGGUGUCCUGUAUGCCAAAGAUGGACAGCUCACAGAUGAUGAGAUGUUUAGCAACGAAACAGGAAGUGAGAGCUUUGAUAAGUUCAUCAACCUGCUAGGGGACACAAUCUCUCUGCAGGGCUGGGCGGGUUACCGCGGUGGACUGGAUACCAAAAAUGACACUACAGGAAUGAACUCCAUCUACACAGUGUACCAGGGCCAUGAGCUGAUGUUCCACAUCUCCACCAUGCUACCCUAUUCCAAAGAGAACAAGCAGCAGGUGGAGAGGAAAAGACACAUUGGGAAUGACAUUGUCACCAUAGUGUUCCAGUUCCAGGAGGGGGAGGACACAUCUCCGUCAUUUAAACCCUCCAUGAUCAGAUCACAUUUCACACAUAUCUUUGCAUUAGUUAGAUACAACAGUCAAAACGACAGUUACAGAUUGAAGAUUUUCUCUGAGGAGAGUGUGCCACUGUUCGGACCGCCCCUUCCCUCACCACCAGUGUUUACAGACCACCAAGAAUUCAGGGACUUUUUGUUAGUCAAGCUAAUCAAUGGAGAAAAGGCCACCCUGGAGACGCCCACGUUUGCCCAGAAGCGCCAGCGGACUCUGGACAUGCUGAUCCGUUCCCUCUACCAGGACCUCAUCCCUGACCUCCACAAGGUUCCCUUCUCUCCCCAGAACAUGCUCAACAGACGCUCGUUCAGUGACGUGCUUCCAGAGUCGCCCAAGUCCGCCCGCAAGAAGGAGGAGGCACGACAGGCCGAGUUCGUCAGGAUAGGACAGGCUCUAAAGCUCAAGACCAUCGUCAGAGGAGAUGCCCCCACCAGUCUGGUCACUACGGGCCUGUGUAGAAAAGAGCCUUGGGAGUCCCAGUCGUUCUGCAGUACGUUUUCCUAUGAGACAGUGUGUGCUGACUCCUGGGGUCAGUCUCUGUUGGUCGCCACGGAAGCAGCAGGGGUCAUGAUGAUAGAUGCUGUUGAUCCACUUCUUUCAAACCCAGACGCCCAGGUCCUGCCCCCAGUGCAGGUGUUUGAUAAGACCAUGGUGGUGAAGCAGAUGCAUGUUCUAGAGCCUCAGGAUCUCCUCAUCACCAGGACUGACAAAGGGAAGGAUGCGCGUCUCUAUGUGUUCAGACUAAGCAUGCUCAAGAGAGGCCUGGAGGAGAGGCAGCUGGUUCGCACCAAGUGUGACAGCCGAGAAAACAAACUGGAGAAGACCAAAGGGUGUCACCUGUACUCUAUCAACACCCACCACGGGUCAGAGUUGAGGAUCGUGGCAGCCAUCAGAAACAAGCUCCUCCUCAUCACCAGGAAACAGCCCCGCCCCAAUGGCAUGGGCACCCUCGCCGCCACAACCGACUCGCCCGUGGACCAGUUCCAAUACAUACGGGAAAUUUGUCUGUGUGAAACUCCGGUGGUGAUGGCUUUGGUGGAUGGUCCUACAGGGGAGAAUGACAACAUGAUCUGUGUGGCCUACAAACACCAGUUUGACCUGAUCAACGAGAGCACCGGGGACGCAUACAGGCUACACCACGUAGACGCCAACCGAGUCAACUUUGUGGCAGCCAUCGAUGUGUACGAGGAUGGGGAGGCUGGUCUUUUGUUGUGUUACAAUUAUAUCUGCUCCUAUAAGAAGGUGUGUCCGUUCAACGGCUCCACCCCCAUGAUCCAGUCCAACACGUCUGACUUCCACUUCAGCUGGAACCAGAUGCCCAAUGCCAUCGUGUGUGCGUUCCCCUACAUCCUGGCUUUUACCACUGACUCCAUUGAGAUCCGGCUGGUUGUCAACGGUAACCUGGUCUAUACAGCUGUGGUACCAGAGCUGCAGCUGACUGCCUCGAGGUCGGACAUCUACUUUGUGUCGUCCGCUCCGGUCAACUCGGCUUCCAACUGCAGCUCCCGGGACACCAGUUCCCAGAGUUCGCCACAGACGCCCACAGGCUACGAAAUGCCUGUGUUCCCCUCACCGCUCGGAGACGAUUCUAUACGGAUCCCCUAUGGUACCAAGCUUUCCCUGUACAUGUCUAAGGAUGCCGAAGGUGAGGCACAGUGUAAGCAUAUCUUCAAGAUCCCCCUGAGUAACCUGGUGGGCCGCAGCAUCGAGAGGCCCCUUAAGUCCCCGCUGGUCAACAAGGUGGUGACGGGCUUGACAGCACAGGUCCCUAGCAUGUGUGUGGCCCCCGCGGGGCCCCUGUUGCAGGGGGCUUCACACACCCUGUCACUGUCCCGCAUGGAGAUCAAAGAGAUUGCCAGCCGCACCCGCAAAGAGCUGCUAGGCCUAACCGAGGAGCCGGGCGGUAAGUCCGACAGCAGCACUGUCAAACAGAGGAAGAUGAGCAAGAAGACCACUGAGGAAGAGCCAAAGGCACGAGCACUGACCUCCACUGGCAGUGACAGGAUGGGCUCAAAGUCGGCCAACACGGACUCAGACUUCCAACGGCACUGCUCAUUCAGCUCGGAUGAUGCGGCGCAAGAGAAAGCAGUGCUUCCAGAUGAGAGCCCGCCAUUGGCCAGCCCCUUCAAUCUCUCCACAUCCUUCGAUGAUGAUGUCCUGGACCUAAAGUGAAGACAAUCCCAUCAUGCACUUAUCCUCCUCAUCCCCCUCUCUUUUCUCCUCCUUCGGUCAUUUUGUUUUGGUUGGGUUUUUUGUUUGUUGAUUUCUUGUUUUUGUUUUGUUAUCUCCUUUGUCUGGGUCUUCAUCCUCAGACAUUGUGGGUAAGGAGGAGUAAUUGUGUAAAGUGUGUGUGCGUGUUUCAUAAGCAGUCGGUCCCCGCAGUCAGUAUGUGUGUCUGUGUGUUGCAAUGCAGCGAGUAACCCAAAGAAAACGAGGUCAUUUGAGGUGGUGUGGAUUGUUCAGAGUACAGAUGUCAUUAUGCGGCGAAAGGUUUCAUCUAUAAACGAAAACUGAAUGUACACACCAAGGCACAACAAAAAAAAAUGUUUUGAAACAGCACCCUCGCGAAGUGGCUACGGCUUACCUUUUAUUGUAUAAUCUGUGAUUAUUUCCAAUUACACUUUCAAAUAUAGAAUAAUAUAUGCAUAUUUAUGUGUACAUCUAUUUAUACAUUAAGAUGCAUACACAUUGACAGACAUGAAUAACUUUAUAGAUAUAUUAUAAUAGACAUUUUAUUCACAUAUUUAGUAAAUGUACGAUGUUUUAUGCUCUCCGUGUCUGUCAGUCUUGUUCUAUUUCCUUCCCAACUCUGUGUGCAGGUAUACAGGACUGGACUAGAGGCAGAGUUUCCCACAAGUGCCACAUCCCCACAUCCUCCACUAAACUACAACUCCCAUCAGCCACCAGUCACCUCUCCUCUAAUUGGCUGGUCUAUGACAGUAGCAGUCAUAAUCAUGUAUCCCUCUGUAGACACCCACAGUGACUCUGUGAGCUUGGUUUUAAUACGCAUAUAGUCAAACACACCCACACCUCUAGGGCCUCUAAAAGCACCUACUGUCCUGUCUCUGGCUAUCCCUGAGAAUCCAUGGGGUCCACGUCCUCACAGAAUAUACUCUCCUAUACACAGAUUGCAACCUUCCCAGACAGUUAGUUUACUUUGGCCCAAUACAGUUUAGUCAGGGGCCAAUUGGCCAGUUAGCGCAUCGCCUUUACAGUGGGCCUUUAAAGUCUGUCCACUGUUGGGCCGCUAGUGGCAUCGGCUGCCAACAGGACGCCCUCAGCUUAUGUGCUUUAUAGUGGUAUGCAGACUCUUAGCCACCAGUUGUUCACUUGUUAGUUGGGUUGGAGAAUUGAUCAAGUGGCCAACUACUUCCAUUUAGGAGUGCUGUAAUGAGGUAACGUAGUCGGUCAUAGGGUACAUCCCAAAUAACACCCUAUUCCCUAUUUAGUGCACUAAUUUAACCAAGGCCCGUAGAGCUCUGGGUAAAAGUACAGUGCACUAUAUAGGGAAGAGGCCGCUAUUUGGGAUGCAGGCAGUGGAUGAGAGACCAGACAGAUGGUAGGUACUGUAGCCUACCUCGGAGUCCUUAUAGGAGCUAUUUGGAAGAAGGAAUUAUCUCCUCUCCAGCUGUUCACUAGGAGCAAGGCAUAACUCACCGAGUUAUGAUGCAUGUAGAGCGAGUCGGCUGAAACAGCAUAGAGGAAGCCAUAACACUUAACCUCCUCUGGUACCAGAGAUAUAGUAACCAAGCCCAAUGAGUAAUCAAGCCCAAUGAUUAGGGUGAUAUCAGCCUACCAGUACACGGGUCAGCGGUCAGACAUCAAUCAACCAAUCAAAUGUAUUUAUAAAGCCCUUUUUACAUCAGCAGAUGUCAUAAAGUGCUAUACAGAAACCCAGCCUAAAACCCCAAACAGCAAGCAAUGCAGAUAUAGACGCACAAUGGCUAGGAAAAACUCCCUAGAAAAGCAGGAACCUAUGAAGAAGCCUAGAGAGGAACGCUGAGGGGUGGCCAGUCCUCUUCUGGCUGUGCCGGGUGGAGAUUAUAAGAGUACAUGGAAAUUUAACGGCAGAUUGUUUUUCAAGAUGUUCAAACGUUCAUAGAUGACCAGCAAGAUCAAAUAAUAAUCAGUGGUUGUAGUGGGUGCAACAAGUCAGUACCUCAGGAGUCAGUUGGCUUUUCAUAUCCGAGCAUUCGGAGGUCGAGACUGUAGGUGCAGUAAAGAGAGAGAGAGUCGAAAACAACAGGUCCGGGACAAGGUAGCAUGUCGAAGAUCUCCACCGCAGGAGCCCGAGGGGUACAUAACCGGACAGGAAGAUCACGUCUGUGACUCAACCCACUCAAGUGACUCAUAUCUAGAGAACCAUGGGAAAUGUAGGGUCAACACUAUGUAGCGUACUUGAGUCAGUCUCACGGUCUCGUGAUGAGGUAGCCCUGCCUGCAACUUCAAAAUCAAUGUCACUCUCGGCCCUAGAGGGAAUUUCCUAUUCGGGUAACGGGCUAAUGUUUAGGACGUUGCUUUCUCCCAUGGAAGACCAGGUUCAGAUCCCACCCUGACAUACCGGAGAAUAUUGUCUUGGCAGUGUCUUAUGUUGCUUCAUCCUGAGUAGUGUUAGGGAUGAGACAUUGGCUAAAUUACCAUUUUGGCUAUGUUGUUAUUACUACUCUACAGGUCAAGGUGAUAUUGCUGAGAAGUACACGUAUUAGGGAAAGUUAUUGGCUAAAGCAUGUGCAUCCGUUCGGCUACGUGGAGAGCCCUCUGGGUGGUCGGCUUGCGACAUGGCACCCCUCUUCUGAUCUUGCAUGAGCCCCCCGCUACCUUUUUAUCUCUCUCCCUCUCUCAUUCUCUUCUGUUACUCUCUGUAAUUGCCUGUCUCAAUGUGGCCUCCUUCAACACUAUUACUCAAAACUGGAGGGAUGAAAAAAAGGGAAUAAAUAACAUUACUAUUAUUGCAAUGGAAUUGUACUUAUUUCUUAUGCUGGUUCUUACCAUGAGUGUAGGUGAAUGGGGGUGGGAUGUCUGGUGGUUUGAAGGUUUAUAAUACAGAUUCUAUCACUUUGAUCGUUCUCACUGUUUCUCUCCUUUGUUUACUUUAGCCCUGUUACUUUCACACCGCCCCGACUCCUUGAUGUUUUCACAGUGUUUUUUGUAUCUAAAUCAAUAUUUACUGUUUAGGCUGUUGCUCAACCUCUCUGUGAUAUGAAAAUGGAAGAAAAAAAACAAACAAAACACCAAGUGUCUUAAAUAUAAUGUAUCGCCAUCGUUUUUAAUGCCAAGCACUACUUGUAAAUGUGUGUGUUUCAAAUGAAACUGAACUAUUAUUAUUAUUAAUAUUAUUAUUUGAAAAAUGGUUUCAAUUAUUGAACAAGUGCUGUAGACCACUGCUGUGAAAGUAGUAAAUUCUGCUCAUUGAUAUGUAAUAAAUAUUUAUGAAAUUUGAAAA